AACAGGACAGCAUUCCCAAAAAGAUUUCAAGACAGACAACGUGAGGCAGCAAGGGACAGGAUAGGAACGUAGAUGUUCCCUGAGCAAACAACUGGAAGCAGUUUUUGUAAAACCUGGUUAGAGAGACAGCCAAACAAGGACAUUGUUUAUAUGACAGACGGAUAUGAUGACAGAAAACCUGAUGAGCCACAGGACCCAAACAAUGUGAUUUUUCAUCCUGCCAUUAGUCUCUGUCAGCAGCUGUUUUAUACUUAACAGGGUUUGCUUUUAAGCCUAUUUGGUCUGUGGUUUGGCCUGAGAUACACACAGGAAUGGACAGCAGUGACCCGCAAGACGACGAAAGAGGAGGCGGAAGGAAAGAGAGCGAUGGAGAGAACGGUAAACAGCUGAAAAACCAACUCAACUGUGAGGAAAAAGGAGAGAAGGAGAUCCAAGUGAACGAGAAGGAGAAGAAAGAGACCCGACAUUCUGGGUCUCUAUGGAGGAAUGGAUGGGCACCGAGUGAAAGACUGGCCAUCAAUGUCUCUGGGAUGCGCUAUGAAACUCAGCUUCGCACCUUAGCCCAAUUCCCUGACACCUUGCUUGGUGACCCUAGGCGUAGGUUACGGUACUUUGACCCACUUCGAAACGAGCUCUUCCUAGACCGAAACCGUGCCUGCUUUGAUGCCAUUCUGUACUUCUACCAGUCAGGAGGAAGGCUUCGGAGGCCCGCGAACAUACCCCUGGACAUCUUUAUGGAUGAGCUGUUGUUCUACGAGCUGGGACAGGACAUUAUGAGUCGCUUCAAGGAGGACGAAGGUUUUGCAAAAGAGGAGGAGAGGCCGCUACCGUCCAACGAAAUCCAGAAAAGACUAUGGAUGUUGUUUGAGCACCCCGAGUCCUCAUCAGGCGCACGCAUCAUAGCCAUCAUCAGUGUCAUGGUCAUUGUGGUGUCCAUCCUCAUCUUCUGCCUGGAGACAUUGCCUGACUUCAGGAAUGAGAAAGAAGCACGAGAGGCAUAUUUUUACAAGUACCACUCCCAGGCAAAGAACAUAUCUGAGAACAUGCCUCUUCCACACAGUGUUUUCCAUGACCCCUUCUUCCUGGUAGAAACCGUCUGCAUAUGCUGGUUCUCCUUCGAGCUCCUCAUGCGCUUUGCUUGUUCUCCCAGCAAGAUGUACUUCUUCAAGGAUGUCAUGAACAUCAUCGAUUUCAGUGCCAUCCUACCCUUUUUUGUCACUCUGGGAACGGAGCUGGCCAAGGAUAAUGACGCCUCUCCAGCCACAUCCUUGGCCAUCAUCAGAGUCAUCAGGUUAGUGAGGGUGUUCAGGAUCUUUAAGUUGUCUCGUCACUCUAAGGGCCUUCAGAUUCUUGGUCAGACACUGAAGGCCAGCAUGCGUGAACUGGGCCUGCUUAUCUUCUUCCUGUUUAUUGGCGUCAUCAUCUUCUCCAGUGCCAUCUACUUUGCUGAGGCUGACCACACCGACACACACUUUAUCAGCAUACCACAUGCCUUCUGGUGGGCAGUUGUCACCAUGACCACAGUGGGCUAUGGUGACAUGUACCCAGCAACGGUGUGGGGUAAGCUAGUGGGCUCAAUGUGCGCCAUUGCUGGUGUUCUCACCAUCUCGCUGCCAGUGCCCGUCAUAGUGUCCAACUUUAGCUACUUCUACCAUCGGGAGACUGAAUGUGAGGAUAAUACCGAGUACACACACGUCCAGACGGGUCUGUGGGAGGACAAGGGUCCAGAAGGGGAGAUAGAGGAAAUAGAGGAAGGGGAUAGAGAUCCAGAGGGAGAUUAUUAUGCCAUUGAAGGCAUAUGCAACCCUUUGAAUGGGACUUUGCUGGGUGGACUGUGUACAGGGCAGGGCACAGAGUUCAGAGGAGGAAACAUGUAUCUGAGGGAACCACUGGUUACUCAAGUGUAGAGAGGCGAGUGUUACAGUGUACCAUUUGACAAAGACACACUAGGAAAAAAUGAUUUGAAGGGAAUGAAAAAACAAAAUGAAUUCAAUCAAUGAAAUUAGAAGAAAAAAAAACGGGAGAAAUAAAAACCACACUAAUAUGCCACUAAAUACUUUUUAUUGCCUUUCUUUGUUCAUUUAUAUGUAUUUAUUAAAUCACUAGCCAGGCAAAUGUUGCUGAAAGGCCACUAUUGUAUAAUAAAUAACAAUAAAAGACGUUUUGCGUUUUACAUUCUCAGGGUGUUUAUAUAAAUAUAAUAUGAGCCGUAUUUAUUAAUGCUAUCAGCUUGUGUUUGAAAAUUACUUUCUGAAUGUCUGUUCUGUGCCUUGAAACUAUGAUGUCUUAGUAUUGUCAUGUUUUGGUUUAAUGUUUGAAGUGGAAGCAGAUAGAUUAUUGGCAAUACAGAUGUCAUGUCUCAUCCAAAACUCAACCAAACACCAGCAAAGCCGUCGCUGCAGACAGAGUGAGAUCUCCCGUAAACCAACCCCACAUUCUCAACACUCUUCUGUGAGUAAUGUACAAAGUUCACAUUUGUGUAGUUUUGGCUUAUGUGACCUGAAGUGACUGACAUGACCUCCAUCAUGCUGUAAUACAACCCUGUUGCAUUACUUAUUGACAUUGAUUGUUACCCAUUUGUGUGUAAGAGGAAGGUUUUGAUUGCUAUAACAAAAGUUCUGUAUUUACUUGCUUAAGUAUGCACUCAGUGUUUUUAAUAAAGAUUAUAUUUUA